AUGAAGUCAAUAACUGAUUCCAAGCGAAAUCUCAUCAUCGUUUCGAAUCGCCUCCCGUUGUCAAUCAAACGAGUUGAAGGAGGCUUUGACUCAUCCCUGUCCAGUGGCGGCCUUGUGACCUCUCUCUCAGGCCUGACAAAAUCCACUCAAUUCCAAUGGUUUGGCUGGCCCGGCAUUGAACUCAAAGAUCCAGCGGACAGGGAGCAAGUGACGAAGAGCCUGGAGGAGCAUAAUGCGAUUCCUAUAUUCCUGGAUCAGACAUUGGCACACGAACACUAUAACGGAUUCUCCAACCGUAUUCUCUGGCCAAUCCUCCAUUAUCAAUCGGGUGUCAGCUUCGACGAUACGCCAUGGCAAGCAUAUAGACGAGUAAACGAACUAUUCGCCGAUACUAUUUCCGAUGCAGCAGAAAGCGGAACGUUGAUCUGGGUGCACGACUACCAUCUCAUGUUGUUGCCCGAACUUCUCCGUAACCGGCUCCAAGAACAGGGCAAAUACUGUGCCAUUGGGUUCUCUCUCCACACGCCCUUUCCUGCAGGAGACUUCUGGAGAAAUCUUCCAGUCAGGAAGCAUCUUAUUGAAGGGCUCUUGUCAUGCGAUUUGAUUGGGUUCCAUACCGACGAGUAUAAGCAGAAUUUCAUCGACACCUGCGCUAGUCUUCUCGGCGCACGAACUGAGAUUGGAAACCAGAUUCAGUAUAAGAAUCGUUUGGUCUGCACGGACAAAUUCAUUGUCGGUAUUGAUCCCCAGAAAUUUACGGAGACCCUAGCAAAGCCAGACGUCCAGGAACGCAUUCGCACCUUGAAAGAGAGAUAUAAGGGUGUCAAAGUCAUUGUCGGCGUUGACAGACUCGACCACAUAAAGGGUCUCACCCAAAAAUUGAAAGGCUUCGACGCUUUCCUUGAUGACCACCCCGAGCUCGAGAACAAAGUCAUUCUUAUCCAGGUUGCCGUGCCCAGUCGCGAGGAUGUAAAGGAGUACCAGGAGCUUGAGCGUGAGUUGUGCACAAUGGCUGGAAAGAUCAACGGAAAGCAUGCCACUCCUGAGGGUACUCCGCUGCUAUACAUGCAUCGCUCUGUACCGUUUACCGAGCUCGCAGCGUUGUACUCCGUAGCUGAUGUGUGUCUUCUCACAUCCACAAGAGACGGAAUGAACCUCGUGUCAUUCGAAUACGUCGCCUGCCAGCAAGAGCGACAUGGUGUUCUCGUUCUCUCAGAGUUCGCUGGCGCAGCGUCUUUUAUGACCGACGGUAGCAUCCAAUUCCAUCCCGCCAAUACCACCGAAAUGUCUGAGGCAAUCUUCGCGGCGAUCAACUUGAGUCCGGAGGAACGCAAAAAGAAGUAUGAGCAUCUAAGCGACUUCAUCAACACAAAUACUAGUGCGAAAUGGGGCCAGACCUUCAUUGACAAGUUGUCACAUCGCUGUAGACGGCCUGGGGAUCCAUGUUAG